CAAGCUCAAGAGAUUAUUAAUGGAUUCAAUAUUCCCGACGUUUUUGUCCUUCACUGGGAUGGCAAGCUGCUUGCAGAAAUCCGAGGCACAGAAAAGAAAGAUAGAUUGUCUCUCGUUGUCACAGGAGAAAAUAUGGAAAAACUGCUGGGGAUACAAAAAAAUUGAAAGUUCAACGGGAGAUGCAAUAGCUGCAGAAAUACAUAAUUUUUUGUGCAAGUGGAAGCUCGAUGAUUUAGUGGAAAUUGUAUCAUUUGAUACAACAGCUGCUAAUACGGGAGUUAAUAAUGGAGCAGCGUUCUUGCUUGAAAUAAGGUUGGGCCAAAAUCUACUUUCCUUUCCCUGUCGUCACCAUGUUAGUGAGUUGCUAGUCAAAGCAGUGUUCGAACUAAAUUAUGGCAAAUCAUCAGCACCGGAAGUUCCCUUAUUCAAUCGUUUCUCUAACAGCUGGAAAAACAUUAAUUCUAAGUCAUUCAAAAGUGGAAUAUCGGAAAAUGAAGUUCGGAAAGUCUUUACAAUAGCUGAAGUGGAAAUAUUUAAGAAUUUUUGUCUAACUGCAUUAAAUAGUCACCACUCGUGCCGAUUAUAAAGAAUUACUACAACUAUCGUUGCUCUUUGUUGGGGAAGACGUACCAAAUUUUUCACAAGUACGGUCACCUGGUGCAACAUCACACGCAAGGUUUAUGUCGAAGUGCCUAUAUUGCUACAAAAUGUUUCUGUUUCGCGAGCAAUUCGUGUUAAC